GAGUUGUUGGCAGCAGUCGGAGUGGAAAGAUCUAGUAUAGAGGAAAGAUGGAACAGGAAUUUGGAUGAUAAGUGUGGAGAGAACUGCGUCAUGAUUCAAUUAGAGGGGGGGGGGAGCGAGAUAAGAGAUGCUGCAGAAACAGAUGGAUCAAUAACUCCGAGGGGAACAGUCAAAGGAAGAAGACGGAAGAGAAAGAGAGAGAAGAGAGAAGAGAAGAGAGAGAAUAAGAAGAGGGACGAAGAUCAAGAGUUGUGGUGUUUUUUUGCGAGGCGAUGGGCAUCAAACACUUGCUGCCCGGCCUGUUGGGUCAACUUUGUGUCUUUCUGGAUUGCCUAUCGUUUUAGCUGUCAGAUAUUCAUGGCAUUUUAUUGCUUCUUUUCUUCAUCUUUUUCUUUGCUUUUAGCUGAACAUUAUUUCCUGCUCCGUCUGUCUUUUCCCCUCCCCCUCCUUUUGUGCCGCUGCUUUACGGCCAACGCAUCGCGGCCCUUAAAGCGGCUCUCCGCUCCGCACGGACGUGAGAUUAUCUGGACACCGACCUGGCCAUUUGCUCGGGGCUUAUUCUUCAUUCCUCCACGAUAUGAACUAAUCACCAUCUGGACAUUCAUUUUAAGCAUUGAGAUUGCAGCUAUUGGAUUCAGGGCGCAGUUCUAUAUUCUCAUUAUGUCUUUUUGUUGAGGCUUUUUUUUUCCUGUUUAAUAUCUCCGCAUCUACUCCGACGCUGUCUACUGCAUGCUUAGCAUCAUUCCUUGAUCGCCGAGCUUAAUAAUUAUCUCAAGGCAAAUCAUUUACUCAGGUCCUCUAUCAAAGGACAUAAUAUAAAAUGGAGGAAAUACCAUUGGCAUCUCUAUCUUUAACCCAUGUACAUUAUGUGAGUGUCUCCAAGUUCAUCAGUC